AUGAGUGACCACGAUCCCUUCUGCAUACCCGGCACCGAAGCCAGCUGGUUGAAGCUGUUGCCCGAUGGCACAGCCACCUGCAGCGUCUGCCAGACUGUCUUCGAGAAUGCGCGACGCACUGACAACAUUGCCCGCCAUGCUAGCAGCAAGGGUCACAGACGACGUCUCGAAGAACUAGGCCUUGUGGAGUCUGGCGAGGACUACGGGGACGCUCCGCCACCCUCUGACUUCGACAAAGUUGCACGGCGAAAGCCAGGAGAGGCACUCAGACAUGGCUGCCCAGGAAUCGGAGGUGCCAAGAAAGUCCUGAAGAUGAUGCGAUGUGUGUGCGAAGCCAUGCUGCAGAUCGAUUCCAGCAUACUCCAGGAAGCUGCCAGCAUAUUGAUCCAGCUGGAUGCACGGCAACUGCGGCUUUGCAUCCGCUUCCAGGCUGCCGAUCACGAUGUCAUGGUGCGUCGGGGACUACUGGGCUUCGAGCAGAUAGAGUCCCUGGGACAUCAAGACGUUGCAAACGGCGUGCAAAGUGCACUGCGUCGCUUCUGUACCUUCAAUGGAGAAGUCGACGUGGAGAAGUUGCAGCUUAUCACACAGCGCAUUGAAGCCAUCAAUGCGGACGGGGCAUCCGAUGUUCAACUGUCGCUGAAUACGCUGCGAAAGCUUUGGCCGUCUGUCAAGGUAGUUCUGCGAGACAGCACGCACAGUGCGCGAAGGAUCCUCAGUCGGCCAUGGUCUGCCAUUGACGCCAUCCACGAAUGCUUUCAGACAGCAAUCAGUGGUCAGGGCGCGAUGGCGCGGCUUGUGCAGGCUAGCCCCACGCUGGCUCGGGCCUUCGAGAGGUUCUGUCAGGAGGUGACAGAUAGCCCUGCGUCCGGGCGCCGCAUCAAGAAUCUGGCGAUGCGGAAACAUCGCUUCGACUCGGCGGCGAAGCCUCUCGGACGAUUCAUUCUGUUCUGCGAGGCGCACUUGAUGUUGGCUCUGUCGCUCUCGAGUAACAAGAGCCAUGAUUCUUGCCAAUACGGCGUGCGCUUUCUGGAAUGGAUUGAUGAGGAGAAGCUUUUGCUCCUGGGGCUCCUAGCCGACUGUUCGGACGAGGCGCUGCAGCUGGUCAGGUUCUACGACACCGAGCAGCACGACUCCGCGGAGAUGCAGUACCAACUCCAGGUCUUCGCGAGCAAGCUGCAGCAUCUCUUCCUGGAAGGGCAUGCCUUUCAAGCAGGCGGAUAUGCGCAGCAUGUCGUCGACAUCCUGCAGAAGCCGCGGGGAUUCUGCGUCGAGGGCUGUCCCAAGUCUCUGGGAGGACCGCAGAAGGUGACAGAGGCGGCCAAGGAGCGCGCUUUGGGCCAUUUGCGGCUGUACACUCGGCUAGCGAUCAAGACUCUCCAAGCCGAAUUUCCGGCCUUCAGCCUGCUCGCAUGUUUCCGCAUGUUCAACGUUGGCCCUGCCACCCGUGCGCAGGCGGCCGAGGACGCGCGUCAGCUGAUCGAGGGCGCGGAAAGAUUGUCGCAAGUGCUGGGCUUCAAUGUCGCCGCCUUUGUGGACGAGUACCAGCUCCACGAGCCCAUAGCCAGGCACGAAGCUCGGCAAGGCAAACUGUCGAAUGUCGACGCAUGGUCUCGCGCCGUGCACCGCACAGCUACAAGGCAGAGACAAGUACGCGAGAAUUAUCCAUCGGGCGUACUUCGUGUGGUUUUGGCUCGAUAUGCUGCCUGGACCGGUGCCACGACCAGUGGCGUGGAGCAGUUUUUUGCCAAGAUGGCGGAUCACGUGCCCUCGGACAGAAACCAUCUCACAGAUGCGCAUCUUUUCACGGAGGCCAAGCUGCUUUCCGACUUUCGUGACAGGGACACCUGUCAGGAAACAGUCUGUGAGCUGGCAUCGGAAAUCUGGAAGCUUACAUCUGGCCCUCCGCGUGCCUCGGCGAAGGACCGAAUAGAUGCUGGUGUCCCACGCAAGAAGCCGCAGGACAGGCAACGGCGCAAGAGGGCUGCGGAGACAGACAUCGUGGACCUGGACUCUGCGCUGCGCUUGGCGGAGUCUGUGACAGAGGAGGCAGUGGUGGCACAGCCCAAGGUGCUCAAGGAGCUGAGAUUUCUGGAGGACAAAUCUUUCCGAAAUGAUGUCCUCGCUUUCUUGGACAAUGCGCUCCUUGAGUCAGAGGUGCCCGCCGGUCUCGAAGAGGUCGCUCGCGCAUGGGCCUCGCAUGAGGAAGCCCUCAGUGCUGGGCAUCGAAGAAGAGCGGCACAGAUAUCCAAGAUCAUGCGGCCCGAGGGCCCGGAGCUUUCUCGCGGCAUCUACCUAGAGAAGCAGGAGUGGGCACGCCUGCCAUGCUCACGAGGCUUGAACUUCGAAGCACGGCUGGAAGAUGCCCAGGUCUUCGUGGUGACAGAUGCCGCAGCGCCCGGACAGAAGAUCAAGUGGACCGUCGCUUUGCAAGGCGGCUCCGUCGUGGACUUGCACUACCUCCGGACAGGAGGCACUGCGGGCGUCUCCUUCACGUAUGCUGCUGCAGUCCGAACCAAACGGUUCGUCUUGCUGAGCGAGGAGUUCGUGCAACAUCACCCGGGGGUUGCGGACAUCAUUGUGACUGCGAUGGGAAAAAGCCACAGCCAGUGGAGAAUUCUGGACACCUGGGAGGAGUUCGCCGAGAGAGCCGAGAGGCAGUCUUGCGCCGAGGGAAAGCUGGUGGUGGCUCUCGCCCUCCCGCAGACCGUCCAGCAGAUGGACAUGAAGAACAUCUUCACGAAAGCCUCCUUCUUUGAGUUCAUCACGAAGACGCGUGUGGCAUGCUCCCAGUUCGGCUUGUGUGGCCGAUGA